AACACUUCUCUUUCCUUCUUCUUCUUCUUCUUCUCCUUCUCCUUCUCCUUCUCCUUCAAAAGCUUCUAUUUCAGAGGUUAAAAGGGAACUUCUCGAAGCUGCAUGUGUUUCAGACCCCUUCCUUACCCCUGGCUGAACGCCCGGACUUCCUUUAUUGAGCCUUUUUGAAUUCCUCAUCUCCCCGGGAGCUCUCUGCUGGGCUUUUAGGGGUGUAAGGGGCCAAUCGUUCGUUUGUUUGCGUAAGGGAUAAAUUUAUCACAAGAGUUCCAACAACUUCAAACAACAACAGGAUCAACCAACUAUCAAAAAGAUCUACAGAUUAAAUCAAUCUUCAUUCACUCAUCCGCAUUUCAUUCGUAAGUCUCUCGAUCAUAACCAAUUGACUUCGUUCAAUUCGUACCGGCUCAUGAUUAUUAUCUUCUGCCUAUUGUGAUGACGGAUGCUGAUCAGAAUUUUAUUUAUAUUGACAGAUCUCAAAAACAAAAGGCAGACUAAGAGGAAAAGAACCAUUUUCCAACUUCUCGAAUCUCCUACGAAACAUUCUUCAACUAAGUCGAAAAUACAAGAAUCUUGAACAGCUUUUCUGCGACCUGGGACUUGACUCUUUACAUCCAUCAAACUUUCUUCACGCAUUUGCAUCGUUCUCAACGACACAAUGUCACGGAUGAGUAUACCCUUCGACGUUAUCGCGUCCAGGUUUAAUCUGUCCGACAGAUUUUCUGGUGUGCGAGCACAAUCUCUGACCACCAGAUUUGCCAACCUCAAGCCUGUAAAUGAGUUCUUCGACUUCAAGCGCCUUUCCAAGCCGGCAAACUUUGGUGAAGUUCAAUCCAGAGUCAACUACAACCUUGGGCAUUUCGCCAGCAACUACUUUGCAUUAUUUAUUAUGCUCAGUAUCUACAGUUUGCUCACCAAUCUCCUGCUCUUAUUCGACAUCAUCCUCGCCGUUGGGGGUAUGUGGGCGAUCGGAAAGCUCGAGGGUCAAGAUUUAAACGUUGCUGGCUUCCAAGCUACAUCCUCGCAACUUUACACUGGUCUUUUAAUCGUCGCAGUUCCUCUCGGAAUCAUUGCGUCGCCAUUCACAACUCUUCUCUGGCUCAUUGGAGCGAGUGGAGUUAGCAUCAUAGGACAUGCCUCAUUCAUGGACAAACCAAUCGAUGAGGCUUUUUCCGGGGAGGCGGUCUAGACGGUCGGCCGCGAUCUCCCAAAUCUAUGCCCCAAUGGGGAAGACCAUCAGGGGCGAAGGGGAGCAGGAGGAGAAGACAGUGGGAGCAGGAUCAAGGGCAGUGGCAGCAGUCGCGUGUUGAGGAGCUUGAUAGUGAGGGUGAUACAGAUACACAUCGAGUUGGGUUACAUUUGGGUGAGAAACGAUUUGCAAGCGAUCCACUGCAUUUUACGGGUAUAGAUAUUUCAAACACGAGGCCUAGAAGGGGUUAUUCUUAUGAUGAGUCUCAGCGAUCUUCCGAGUCCGAUUCUGACUCUGAAGAUUCUGAUUACCAAGAGGGUGACGACAGGC